AUGCCUAGCUCUUGCAAAGAACUGCGCGAGGCCCUCGCGCAGUGCCUCCAGGAAUCCGAGUGCGUAAUGGUCCAGCGCAACAGCGCCUCCGACUGCCUCCGCUCGCCCCUCGUCGAGACUCUCCCCACGAAGUGUCAGCAGCUCAAGAAGGGCUUCGGCGAGUGCAAGCGCGGCAUGGUCGAUAUGCGCAAGCGCUUCCGCGGCAACAUGCCAGUGAACUACAAGACCAUGAACGACGCCGAGGCCGGCAAGGGCUACCAGCUGUACGCCGGACGCCCGGCCUUCGCCGGCGGCAGGGGCGAGACCGACGGCAACGAACCCGCGCCCAGGGAUUGGCGCGAGGUUGAGAACGAGCAGUACCGGAAAGAGCAGGAGGCGGCUCAGAAGAAGUAG